AUGGCGCUGCCCGCGGUCCUCGGGGCCGAGGCGCGGCGUUGCCCCGGCCGCCUCGUCGCGCGUCGUUUCUCUCGAGCGGCGCGCUGUGGGGCGAGGCCGGGCGGAGAGGAGCUUAGUCGCCUGCGACUGGAUGACCUGGCGCCCACCCCGCGGCCGGCGCGGGGGCUGGAGCUGCUGUACGGCCUGUCCCCGUGCCUCCUGGCUCUGCAGGCCGGGCGCCGCCGCGUGGCGCGGCUCCUGCUCCAGGCCGGCAAGUCCGGGCUGCAGGGGCAGCGGGCGGAGCUGCUCCGGGCCGCCGAGGCCCGGGACGUCCCGGUGCUGCGGCCCAGAAGGCAGAAGCUGGACGCCCUGUGCCACUACCAGGUCCACCAGGGCGUCUGCAUGGAAGUGAGCCGGCUGCGGCCCCGACCUUGCGCCGAGGUCGCUGUGGCGAGGCCCCGUGACGACCCCCAGCAACUGUGGCUCAUCCUCGAGGGGCUUCAGGAUCCCCGGAAUCUUGGGGCCGUGCUGCGCUCCGCUCACUACCUCGGAGUGGAUAAGGUCGUCACUAGCCGGAGAAACAGCUGCCCGCUCACUCCGGUAGUCAGCAAGGCCAGCGCGGGGGCUAUGGAAGUGAUGGACGUGUUCUCCACUGACGACCUGGCCGGUUUUUUACAGGCCAAAGCCCAGCAAGGCUGGCUUGUAGCUGGCACAAUGGGCUCCCUGGAACCCGAGGCUUACCACUCCUCUGAGAUCCCCAUCACAAGUUGCUUGGAGUUCCUGUGGGACCAGCCUACUCUCCUGGUGCUGGGGAACGAGGGCUCUGGUCUGUCCCCGGAGGUGCAGGCCUCCUGCCAGCUUCUCCUUACCAUCCUACCUGGACGGCAGCUACCCCCUGGAUUUGAGUCCUUGAAUGUCUCUGUGGCUGCAGGAAUUCUUCUUCACUCUAUUUGCAGCCAGAGAAAAGGUUUUCCUGCAGAGGGGAAGAGAGGACAACUUCUCCAAGAAUCCAAAGAACCCUCAGUGACAUGUGAAAGGCCCAGAGUGGCUCAGGACCCUGGACUGUCUUCUGGUUCAGAAAAAGAGAGGCAAGAUGGAGGCUGACUCGGACUGUCCCAGGUGUGUGUGCUGGGCGGCACACAUCCACACGCUCGAAUGUGCCAGAGUCUCUUGCUUGAGUGUGCACCCGGGUCCCUAUUAACCACUGUCUUGGGUAGAGAACAGGGGAAGUUCAGUCUCCUGUUUUUAUUUUGGAUAAGCAGUUGGAGAUGUUAGCUUCUUAAUUUCCAGGGUGUGCUAGGAUAUAGGGUCUCUUUCCUCCAGGAAGUCAAGGGAAAGUCUAAAUGUCUUAAGAUAAUCUGGCAGCCCAAUCCAAGGGUCCUGUUCCUCUUGAAUCAAUGUGAGAAUGUAGAGGGAAGCUUCUGGCCCUUGAAUGGGCCAGACAGGUGUAAAUACACGCUCCAACCCUUCCCUGUUUUACUGUCUUAAGUACAAGGCUUCAUGUUUGCAUGUCCCGGGGCCCUUGUCUGCCUCUCCCUCCCAGGCAGUUGCUAGGAUCAAAUAAAACAUCACCUAGUAAGUAUCCAGCAGCCAGUCAACCCUUCUGUUCUGUUCAAGUCUUCCAGUAGGUGGCAGCCUUGCUCUUUGGUCCACCGUGUCUUGCAUUAUCACAGGUAACUGGGGAGAUAUCCUGAUUGCAGCCCCUAGAGAAGCAAGGGAAAGAGGAACAGACACCUCCCACCCAUUGGCUCUCCAGUAUCUCCCAGUGGUGACUCAGUCAGUCCACCUGCAUGGAAUGAGAUGAUGAACCAAAGCCCUGGCCUUUGAUUCAGUGAGGUGGUGAGGACAGAGAUGCUGUUUAUUGUAUGACCCAGACAGAUUUGGUUCUCCACAGGGUCCCACAGGUAGAUCAGAAGCCACCAGCAUAAGUAGAGAGCAGUUUGACUCUCUCUGGAACCACCCGGCAAGAUUAAAAAAAAAACUCUGGGGACCGCCCCCCAGAGUGUCUGGCAUAAUCAGUGAGGGUACAACAUGGGUGUCAGGAAUUUUGAAACCUUCCUUCCCUGAAGGGCCUAAGGUAUAGCCCAUGCUGAGAACCACUAGAGUGGGGUUUCUCACCCUCAGCGUUAUUGACAUUUGGAACCAGGUCAUUCUUUGCUGUGAGGGGCUGUGCUGUGCAUUAUAGGAUGUUUAGCAUCAUCCCUGGCCUCUGUCGCCACAGGAUGCCAGUAGUACCCUCCUCUGCCCUGUUGUUACAACCAAAAAUGUGUCCAGACAUUGCCAAAUGUUCCCUGGGCCACAAAAUCACCCCUAGUUGAAAACGGCUGUGCUGGAGUGUGGGUUGGGAAGACAGAAGCCCUAAAUUCACAUCCUGGUUGCUGUAUGUCCUGGGCAAGUUCCUUACCAGCCUGAGCCUCAGUGCCCUCCUGUUAAGGAGGUCAGUCAACCAUCCUGGGUGGCUGGGAGGAUAGAGAACACGAUUAGAACCUAGUGCCUCAUGCAUAGUAGGUACUCAAUAUAGUGCCACCCUUUUCUCUGUUGAAUGAGUUGAUCUUGGAAUUUUAAUGAUGAUGCCAAUGUAGAAAGACAUUUAAAUUAGCUUCAAAAGGGCUUAGAGUACUUAUUUGGUUUUGUUUGUUGGUCUUUGUGUUUUUAUAGUGUAAAGGUUAUUUUUGUUUUAUUUAGUUCAUCUGUUUGUGUGGUGUCUGUAUAUACUGUGUGAGUGAAAUAAUACAGUGUUUGCUAAGAUUGCUUUUUUUUUUUAAGAUUUAUUUAUUUAUGCAUACAAGA